AUGGCUUGUAAUUCUUGUUCUCGUGCAUUUUCACUAUUACGUCCUGAGAAAGGCUGCCCUAGUUGUGGUUUUAGUUAUUGUUCAAAAUGUUUAAACAACAAAAAAUUCUUAGCAAAAGUAAACGCUGAAAAAAAGGUUUGUGCUAAAUGUUCAAGAAAUGAGACAAAAAUCAUUGAACCACCCGAUGUUUUCUACAGCCGUAUUGCUAAAAUUAAUGAAAGUCAAAGUGAUUGUAAGGACAAUACAUUUGUAAACACAUCUGAACAGGAAAUUUUUAACAGACUACAAAAAUUAAAACAAGACAAAAAAGAGAAGAUUAAAUCUGAUAAGGAAAUAUUGGAAAGACUACAAAAUUUAAAAGGGCCAAUGCCAUCUACAUCUGAUGCAGAAAUAUAUUCAAGAUUGGCAGAAGUUAAGGGUAUUCCAAACAUCACAGUCACUAAAGAGUUUACAUCAGAGGAAAUAUUGAAUAUUGAAUUUCAGCCUGUUUUAUCACCCCCUGAUUUAAGAACAGAACAAGAACAAGCGGAUGAUUUAUUGAAACAGUAUAUGGAGCAAACAAAAAUAGAUUCAAAAUAUAAGGAUGGGUUUGAAGAUACUAUUAAUAAUAUUGAGACAAGAUUACACAAGUUAAGAGGCACCAGUACUGCGUCAAUUUCUGUUGAAAAGCUUGAUUCAGAAGAUGAAGAAACCAUUGUAAAAAAAAUUAUUGAGAAGGUAAGAACAGAUGCAAGUUUGGAAGAUGAAAUCUCUACAGACACAAAUGAUGAAUUGCCUUUCUGUGAGAUAUGUAAUGAAGAUGCCAGAGUUAGAUGUAUAGGAUGCAAGUAUUUGUUUUGCAUGAGAUGUUUCAAUGAACACAAAGAUGACGACGAUGGCUGCGAUACAUAUGAAAUUUUUAGUCCACUCAAAUCAAAAUGA